AUGGCGCGAUGUUACAUUUUGGCUUCUGUGCCAAAUGUUUUGCAACAUCAGCAUCAGACGAUGGACACAGCUUUUGACAUGCUCGAAAAUCUCAAGGAGAUGUUUGGAGAUCAAACUAGUGCAGCAAGGCAAAACGCACUGAGGGAGAUUCUUACUUCCAAAAUGGAGGAGGGGACCCCAGUUAGAACUCAUGUCUUGAAGAUGAUGAGUCUUCUGAAUAACAUGGAGGUUCUUGGUGCUGAGGUUGACAAUGCUACACAGAUAGAAAUGAUCUUGAACACUUUGCCAGCCAGUUUUCAGCAGUUUCGUUUGAUUAACAUGAAUAAGAUGGAUUUCACUUCUGUCUAA